GCCGGGGCCGCGGGGCGCGGGCGGCUCGGGCUCGGUUCUCCCUCCAUUCCCCCGGAUCGCGGCGGGCUCGGGCGGCGGCAGGAUGGCGGCUGGGCUCCUGCCCCUGCUCCCGCUGCUGCUGCUGCUGCCGGGCCGGGGGCCGCCGGGGGCCCUGGGCAACCGGCACGCCGUGCACUGGAACAGCUCCAACCCGCACCUGCGGCGGGAGGGCUACACAGUGCAGGUGAACGUCAACGACUACCUGGACAUCUACUGCCCGCACUACAACGCCUCGGUGCCCGAGCACCGGCUGGAGCAGUACGUGCUGUACAUGGUGAACGCGGAGGGGUAUCGCACCUGCAACACCAGCCAGGGCUUCAAGCGCUGGGAGUGCAACCGGCCCCACGCGCCCCACAGCCCCAUCAAGUUCUCGGAGAAGUUCCAGCGCUACAGCGCCUUCUCACUGGGCUACGAGUUCCGCGCGGGGCAGGAGUACUACUACAUCUCCACACCAACACACAACCACCGCCGGGCCUGCCUGAAGAUGAAGGUGUUUGUCUGCUGCGCCUCCACGUCACACUCCAGGGAGAAGCUGGCGCCCACCCUGCCCCAGUUCACCCUGCGGCCCGAGGUGAAGAUCGAGGACCUGGAAAACUUCAACCCGGAGAUGCCGAAGCUGGAGAAGAGCAUCAGCGGCACCAGCCCCAAGCGGGAACACUUGCCCCUGGCCGUGGCCGCCGCGCUCUUCCUCAUGACCCUGUUGGCCUCGUAGCUCCCGGCGCCCGUGGGGGCCCAGCCAGCGCCGCUCUGCCGAGUGCGGCCCCCCCGACCUGCCGCCCCUCCUGAGAGCCAGCGGGGGAACCACCGCGGGACCACCCCCUCCGCCCGGAGAGCCGCCCGCGGAGCUGCCCCGCGGGGCAGGGAUCGUGGCACGUGCCGAUCCCGGCUGGACUCACCUCCCACCCUGCCAACGGGCACGGCCACGGCCGCAGGGCCGCGGCUGAGUGCGCUGCACCUCCCGCCGACACCGUCCUGUGCCGCGGGGUCCUGCCCGCGGCCCACCCAGUGCCCCGGGGCUGGGGGGCAGCUCCAAGAUGGGGAGCCUGGUGAGGGCAGGGACCCCCAGGGCCGGGCAGCCUGUACAUACCCAUAUAGAUCUAUACAUACUGUACAGAGAGCGACUACAGAGAUAUAUCUAUACUGUACCAUAGGCAGCGGCGCCGGCCCCGGGCUGGCUUGUACAUAGUCGAACGUGUUGGAUUUUCCUCGUCUUCCGUGAAGACCCGACCUAUGCAAACGCACAGACACUUUUUGGGGAAAAACAAAACAGAUCAAAACAAAACGAAACAAACAAACAAAAAAAAAAAACAAAAAAGAAACAUUCUCAACCUUUUUUUCAAGUGCUUUGGCUGGUGAUUUUCAUAUUCUGCUCUUAGUCUAUUAAAAAAAAAAUAAUAAAAGGAUAAAAAAACGGA